AUGUAUUUGUUAUUCAGAUCAAUUAGUGGUAUUUUCGUAUCAAAUCUGUUUUCGAAGACUUUGAGUCUUCAGAGUAACAUGAGUGUAUCAAUUUUUUUUACUUUUUCUGCUCAUUCUCUAGAGACCACUGAAGAUGAAAUAAUAAGCUUGAAAAAUAUAACUCACAAGCAGUUUGUGACAAGUCUACUGCUUCAGGCAAUUAAACUGCUGUUAAGUACUCAUGCUUAUUAA